GUAAAUAUUGCUCACAUCCGCAUUUGAGUAAAUAACGAUAUCAAAAAAGAGUAGGAGAGCGGUUUCUGUGAACUUGAAUAAAGCAGAUUAAUGUAACAGCUGAAACGCGCGUGUGACAUUGCGUGGGCAAGAUGUAUUUAAAAUUGCAUAGACAAGGAUAUUGGUCCUUAGCGUAGCUAUACACUUCGUAAAUAUUGCUCACAUCCGCAUUUGUGGUGGCUUUCGAAUGAAAGGAGGAAGGUAUUACACUUUCUCAUAACAUUUUUAUUGAAACAUUGUGAAAGCUGGAAGACAAUAUCACCUUAAUGACUAUGAGAUUCGAUCUGUUCUGGUUAGCAGUACUAGUGGGAAGUAUCUUUGCUUGUUUGAUACAAGAGACAAAUGGAUUUUUUAUCAAACAUGUUCAAUCAGGAAAGUGUAUUAAUGAUACGGGGAUGACGCUUUUUGGGAAUUUUUAUGGUAUUGGUUACUAUCUUAACCUUACUAACAACUGUUUUGACCCAACAACUCAGUUUAAAUUUCAUCAAUCUGGCUCCAUAUUAAAACCGAAUAGACAAGGUUGUCUUGUGGGAGAUAGACAAAGAGAAGAUUUGUUUUUGAUAUACGAAAACAAAGGUAACAUUGCUGCUGCAUGCAAUGACGCAAACGCCUUAACCCAAACUUUUCAAGGUGGAAUAUUUACUUCCGACUUUAAUAAAUGUGCAGUACCUCCAGGAUAUAUUAAACGUCAUGUCUACAUGGGAAUAGCUAAAUGUAAUAAUGAAGAAGAUCAGCAAUUUCAUUUUGGUGCAGUGACACGUGCUGGACAAAAGAUAGCCGACGCUAGUUGCUCGAAUAAUCAAUUUAUGGUAAUAAAAGUUGCAGAAUAUCGUGGAUUGAGAAAAGGAAGCAUUUGUAAUUCAAGUCUUGAUUACAAUUGUAGUGUCGAUGUAACAUGUGACCUUAAAAAAUAUUGUGAUGGUGAAAGAGAAUGUACGAUAACUGUUGAUGAUAAUCAUUUUCCUUCGAAUAUUUGUCCUGGUUUGGAGAAAUAUCUUUACUUUGAAUAUCAAUGUAACGACACAAGUAUGCCAUACAGAAAAAUUGGUCAUCUACCUGAUGGUCCUCCUUUGAAUGUCACAAUCUACGCAAUCGGCAAUACAUCAUUGUUUGUCACGUGGAAGCCACCUGAUGUAACCAAAAGGAACGGAAAGAUAGUCAGUUACACUGUUUGUAUUAAACAAUGUGGGGGUGACACAUGUUCAAAAACCUAUACUACUGAGGAACAACAUUUGGAAAUAAAUCAUUUAAAACCAGCGACAAAAUAUUGUGUGCGCGUUUUAGCGUCUACGAAAGUGGGUCCUGGAAUUUACAGCAAAUUGAAGUGGACGUUCUCAAACGGACUUGCACCGGAACAGCCCAGAAUUCAGACAGCGUAUUCACUGACUUAUUUGUUGCGAAUCCCCUCGAUAAAAUAUCAAUAUUUUUAUGUGGUAGCAAUGGAGCAUGACAAAAAAGAAAGUCGGUUGCCUUCAGAAUUAAAAAAUGAUGACUUAGUGAGUUACUCUGAGGCCAUAUCAUCCGCACAACCAAAGCCUUAUAUUGCUGCAGUAAUUUUUCCCAUUAGAAAAAACACGUCAUUGUUCACACUCGGUGAUGUCGCAAACACAGUUGUUACAAGAAGACGCCGCUCUGAUGGUAGAAAACACCAAAAUGGCCCUCUGAAGCCAGGCACUAGUUACAAAAUUUUCCAGCGAGUUUUCGUAGAUGAUCAGGUAAGCAGUGAGAUGUUUCAGGUUUCUUUUUAUUCUACUGACUGGAGUCCUCCAGCAAAAACACUACAAAACACAGACAUCCCAGCCACGACAAAAUGGUACAUCAUUUUGGUUGCCGUCAUUUCAGGAAUCAUUCUCAUCAUUGUUUCCUGUUCAAUUAUUCUACUUUAUCGUCGACGUUUUGUAUUGAACAACAAAAGUAAACAAAAUGAACAACUUCAGUCCCCUGGUGUAGAGAGCACAGACGUAAACAAUGGAGCCUAUGAAGAAAUGAAGUUAUCCGACAUAUCUAAAAGAAACGAUAAUGAGGCUUUGACAGACCGUGAUGACUUAAAUUAUCAAAAAUUAGACGUAUCAAAAAUGGACAGGGAAGAAAAUUAUCAGUCUUUAAUGGAUAUGCCUUACGUCAAUAUCAAAGAUAAAACGUAUCAAGACUGAAGAAAGUUCACAUAUAUACCAUUUCUCAUGUAAUGAAUGAAAAAUAAUAAAAGUGAACUUUUAUAUGGCAUGUAACUUAUGUUAAGUGUCAAAGACAUGUAUCACCAGCUUUAAAAUUAACGAAGGUCUCAUGUUCCACUGUUCUAAAAAGCCAAGCUAGCAUUUACAAAAAUGGCACGUUAUUUUCGCUACGCUAACUCCAGCAAUUGCUCUCUUUUCUUAAUCUUUUUACUAUCUAUAGAAGCGAUAGAGUUAAUGAAGAAUCAGCUUUGUCAAACAUGAAUUAAGAAGAUGAUAAUGUCAGAUAAUGAGUCAUUAACAGUCACUGCUGAUUCAAGGUAUUAAGAAAUUGACGUAUCGAAAAUGAAUACAGAAGAUGAUUAUCAAUCGUUAAUGGAGGAUGAUAAUGAUUUGUCUUAUGUAAAUGUGAAAAAAAUUGAUGACAAUAAAUGGUGAAAUGCAUUAGACAGAUAUACCAUCAACAAAGACAUAAGAUGAGGAAGGAAAGUGAAAUGACAAAGAAUGGAUUUAAAUGAGAGAAUUUUUUAGUUUAUAGUGUAUCAAAACAAUUAUUUUUGCUAAUUCGUUUACGAUGUUCAUUCUAUGGUGUGAACCUCAACAGAAUCGGAGGAAUUUAUUAAUUACAUAUGUAAUGAAGAUGUAUUAAAAGAUGCUUUUAAAAGAACAAGAAAAAAAA